AUGUCGGAACCUGCUGCUGCUCCAGAAGAUAAAGUUUCAGACGAGGGUGCCGCCGUCGGAGGGGAAGGUGCCGCCGCCCAGGCGGAUAAAAUGGACGCGCAGGCAUCGAAGGCGGUUUCUGAUAACACCGCCUCUGAAUCAAUGGACGUAGACCAGGGAAGCAGAGCAAAAAAUGAGACUGUCGCAGCACCGCCUCCGCAGGCAUCUGAAAACACGACUCCCACAACACAAAAGACUCAGUCUGCUACCGGAGAUGCUGAGAAGCCAAAAGAGGAGCGGGUCCCUAACUCGACGGGAAAGACCACCGACAUUCCGGCGAGCGGAACCGCGACGACGGCCAACGCGGGGGCUAACGAGAACCAGCCUCCCGGCUCCACGAUUUCUACUCGUCAGUACUUGGACCAUACCGUCGUCCCGAUCUUGUUGCAGGCUUUGGCGACUGUCGCGAAGGAAAGGUGGGCACCAUGCUUCUCUAUUUUGUUUUCGUCAUGCUUUAAAGUAAGAUUCAUUUUCAUAUUAUUGCCUGAUGAGUAAUG